AUGUUUUCAAUGGAAGAAGAUAAAGUAACGAGAUCCUCCACUAAUGAUUCAAAAAAGGAAAUCAAUUACAAACGGACUGCGGAAAUGUUUCUCACUAGAUAUAAAGAUUUUAUAAUUAAGAAAUUCCAAUUAAAUAGUGAUGAAAGACGAUUCAAUUUUUUACUUCGAUCGAAUGCAUUUGCUAGAGAGUUAGUUAGUUUAAGUGAACGGUAUUGCACAGUUUAUGAGAAUGGAGAAUGGUAUUCUAUUGUAUUGGAAACAUUGGAUUUAGAAACCAUUUAUGAGAACGUUGAUUCCGUGAAGAUUGAAGAGCCAUUAGAAUAUUCAGAUGUAUUGGUGAAAGAAUUAUUAAGAUAUUUUAAAAAUGAUUUUUUCACUUGGUGUGAUAAACCUAAAUGUAGGAAAUGUCAUGAUUCUUCGAAACAAAUUUUUGAUUCUAUACAAGGUGCUACACGAGAGGAAAGUCUUUACGGAUGUGGUGCAGUGGAGGUAUUUAAAUGUUCUGAAUGUAAUGAAUUGGCAAGGUUCCCAAGGUAUAAUGAUCCAAUUAAAUUAUUAGAGACAAGAACUGGACGUUGUGGGGAAUGGUGUAAUUUAUUUACUUUAAUAUUAAGAUCUUUUGGAUUGGAAGCUAGAUAUAUUUGGAAUAAAGAAGAUCAUGUUUGGUGUGAAUACUAUUCACCUUUUUUAAAAAGAUGGGUUCAUGUUGAUUCAUGUGAACAAUCUUUUGAUGAACCUUUUAUUUAUUCUGUGAAUUGGAAUAAAAAAAUGAGUUACUGUAUUGCAUUCAAUAAAGACGGUAUGACUGACGUUAGUAAACGGUAUAUUUUACAGAAUGCCCUUCCAAGGAAUUUAAUAUCUGAAUUAGAUUUGAAAUUCCUAUGUAUGUAUGUUACUAAAAAAUUGCGAAGAGGAUUACCAAGUGAUGAUAUCUACAGAUCAUUUUGUCGAGACGAAAAUGAAAGGUUUGAAUGGUUGAAUAAAGAGAAGAGGGAAGCAGAUAAAAGGGAAGCUAGUUCUAAUGAUGCUUCAAAGACAUCAGGAAUCACAGGCAGACAAAGUGGAGCGCCAGAUUGGAAGGCCCAGCGAAAUGAAGACGGCCGAUAA